UGCUCUUGUUCUCUCUAGCCCAGUCCUCUGCCUACAAGCAUCCCAAUAAACAUCACUGUAUUUGUCUCUCUAAUCUGCCACUGCAAUGCUUGUGCUGAACCUCAGAUCCUGUGAUGACACGACUGAGCUGGCUACACCGUCCUUCAUUGUAAAGAUGCAAGCAACAGUCAACAAGUGUGCGCUUGCAACAAUACCAACGUACGACCACUCCCAUGGUACGACCCUCUCUUUGACAAUGUACGUGCUGUCCACCCCACGUGCAUUUACAUUCCUUAGUACAGUGGACAACACCAUAUUGAACAGAAGCAGUGGACCGCCACUUACCCCUCCUGAGCAGAGUCCGUCAAUACAUUCCACUUUGCCUUCUCUGUUCGAGCCACCUGAAUCAACUCAUUCAAUGCUCCGGAUCUCAACCUACAUACACCACUCACACUUGCUGCACGCUGUUACAGUGGUGCAGCCUCAACCUCCACAACCUGCUCGACCUCAACCCACACACACACACAAUUUGACUCACAGGUCCCAAGCGACAGCCAAACGUGGUGACAAAGACUACAUCAAACAGUCUAAGGAUGCGUUCAUCCUUUAGGCAGAGGCUGCUAGUGGUGCAGGGGUCAGGACUGUAGAAAUAAUGUAUCAUUUAUUAUUUUGUAUUAAAUAAUUAAAUAUAAUUAUAUUU